GAUAAACAUGUCACAUCAGGAUGGAAUAUCAGAAACUGUAAAAGUUGAAGUGAAGACUGAGAGUCUGGACUAUGUUAUCAAGAAGGAGAUAAAGACUGAACUACAGGAAGUCAACGGGAAGUCUCAUGGUUUUAUUUGUCCCACAUGUAAAGCUCAUUUCCUUUAUGAUGAGUACUUUAUUGAACAUGUUCGAGAACAUCGUGAGGAUAUAUCUGACAAGCUUGAAGAUGCAACAGAAGAAUCAGACUCAGAACAUGUUAUGACUCUUGGUGACUUCCAUUACACGGGCUCAGAGGCUGAAUUUGUAGAUUACAGUGACCAGCAGCAGUCUAUUUCUAGAGGCAAGCUUGAAGAUGCAACAGAAGAAUCAGACUCAGAACAUGUUAUGACACUUGGUGACUUCCAUUACACGGACUCAGAGGCUGAAUUUGCAGAUUACAGUGACCAGCAGCAGUCUAUUUCUAGAGACAAGCAGGAAGAUGCAACAGAAGAAUCAGACUCAGAAUUUAAUAUGACUCUUGCUGACUAUGGGGCUGAAUUUGUAGAUUACAGUUACCAGCAGCAGUCUAUUUCUAGAGGUGAGCGUUCUGUUCGGGGAGAAUCAGAAAGUCUUUCUAUCAACCCUUCUAAUGAUACACUCAGUAUUGGAAAGAAAAGAAAGCGAAAACCUUGCAUUUUAACCUGUACAGCUUUGCUUGCACUGCAGGCCGAAUUAAAGACGGAGUAUGUUACAGUUAAACCAAAACAAAUAAUAACAGCUUUUUUGGACGAGAAAGGAGUUAAAGUGUGCAAACGAGUCGAGAAGUUGGCUUCAACUGCUAUUACCGAAUAUCGCAGAAAAUUAAGAAAGGUUGAGAAAUCAAAAGGUGAAUUGAGUCUUCCUCCUGAAGAUGACCCAGUUUUUAACUUCUCCAAACACACCACGCCAAAUAUUCUCCUCGGUCCAACAAAACCUUAUGCGGAGCUAACUCGACAAGGACGGGAUAUCCGGAUAAGGAACUUUUCCAAGAACAUCACUAACCAGUUGGUUGAGAAAUAUGGAAACGGUGACGGUAAACUGUUCGGAUCUGAGGAGGAUGUGUUUGCUGUAGUCUUUGCUGAACACCUAUUACGAACCGAUAUUAUUUUAUGAUAAAUGUAUAUCUUUAUGAAUUUAUAUCUUAUUUAUAUCUUUAUGAAUUUAUUGAAUCUUUUUAUUUUCUUGACAGAUAUUGUGACCUUACAUGAUGAUAUUUCAUUUAUUUACUUAUUUAAAUUAUAA